AUGGUUGCCGUUUCUUUCAAGUCUAUACCUGCACUUAACAAGGGGAAGAUCGUGCCUGCGGGCGAAAUUCUCAACGGUAACGGCGUCGCGCAGCACGCGUUAUUCGCGAGCCGCAACUUAAGAGGUGACCACGCCGGAGUAUUCAUCGCAGGUUCCGGUGACGAUCUGGGAUUGGACGGAGAUCUACCGCCGCCACAAACGGCGGAAAUCGCGAAGAAUGGGGAUGGAUUGUGGAGGAAGGGGAAAGUGAAUGGGCUGCCGAGGAGGGAGCUUGGAGAUAGUGUGUUGAUGGAAAAAAACAUGAAGGGGGAAAUGAGAGGUAAUUUGGACGAGGAGGGGAGGGGAAGCAGAGGCCGUACAGGGAGAAGUAAUAUGGAGGGAGAGGACGAAUACAGAGAAGGGGAGAAUAAAGGAGUUCAUGCUGGGGAGGAGAAGCCUAAGGGCCCGAGAGGUGAGAGAGGUGGAGGUGAAGGGGAUGUUGAGCUACGGAGGAGGAUCCGGAAGGACGAGGAGGAGGAGGAAGCAGGGAGCGAGCGAGCGGGAGAGAGAGGGGAGGAGGAUGAAGUCGAGGGAGUUGGGAAAAGAAAAAGCGUGCGGGCUGAUUCAGUUGGGGACGAUGAGGAUCAGGGAGAGCAAACGGGGGAGAAGAUGCGUGGAGAGGAGAGAAGGCGACACGUGGGCUCAGAGGGGAAGAGGGAAGAUGAAGAGGACUUGGAGGGCGCGGAAGGUGAAGGGGAGGGGGAGGGAGGAGGAGGGCAUAGAAGGAAAAGGAGCCGUAUUGCGGACGAGGCGGUGGAAGGGGGGAACGGAGACGCGGAGCAUGAGGAGCAUGAGGGAGGGGGGGAUGAGGAGAACGGGACGGGUAUGAAGGGAACUGGCGGCAGAGAGCGCGGGAGUGGUGGCAGUGAGGAGGAGGAAGGAGGAGGGUCGGCAGUUGAGUCGAAAGAGGAACGAGACGGGGAGGGGAAGCAUGGGCGAGGGGAAGGGGAGGAGGUUGGUGAGCAGAGGGCAGCAGGAGAGGAGCACGAGGAUGGAGAGAGGGGGCAUGAGGAGGGGGCGAAGGAGCGUGGGCAUAGAGGAAUGGAGGAUCAGGAAUAUGGUGACGAGGAGCGAGGAGGACACGAGCAUCAUACAGACGAGGGGCGGCAUGAGGAGGGGGCGAAGGAGCAUGAGGAGACGAAGGAGCGUGGGCAUAGAGGAACGGAGGAUCAGGAAUACGGUGACGAGGAUCGAGGGGGACACGAGCAGCAUACAGACGAGGGGAGGCAUGAAGACGGGAAUGAAGAGAGCGGAACUCCUCUUACAUCCUCCCUGGUCUCCCCACUUUCUCCUUUCAAUGACUACUCUCAGUCGUCCUCCUCCGUCCCUCUGCCCCCAUUCGGAUUCAACGCCACUCUCUUUCACGCGCCCCCGAUACCCGUUAGAGAAAAAUUCCUUUGGAGAGCCCCCAAGAGCCAUAAAUAUGCGCAGUGCAUUGCACGCUCCCGCACCCAUAAAGUGCCCGUCAAGGGCUCCACCAACGGCUAUCUGCUGGUCACAGCCAAUGGGGGCCUCAACCAGAUGAGAGCUGCCAUCUGUGACAUGGUGGCUGUAGCUCGCAUCAUGAAUGUCACUCUCGUGGUUCCCGAGCUCGACCACACCUCCUUCUGGGCUGACCCCAGCGAGUUUGAGGAUAUAUUCGACGUGGAUCAUUUCAUCUCCUCGCUCAAGAAGGACAUUCGGAUUGUGCGCCUGCUGCCCAAGCGCGUGCAACACAUUGAGCCUCUCGAGAAGUUCCCCGUCUCCUGGUCUCCGCUGCCCAAACGUGUGCAACACAUCGAGCCUCUCGAGAAGUUCUCUGUUUCCUGGUCGCCGUUCUCCUACUACCGAGAGGACCUGCUGCCACGGGUCAAGAAGCACCGGGUGAUGCGCUUCCCUCUGACCGACUCGCGCCUCGCCAACAACGGCGUGCCGGACUCAAUCCAACGGCUGCGGUGCCGCGCCAACUACAAGUCUCUGCGCUACACGCCGUCGAUCUCGCAGAUUGCGGCGAAUCUGAUCUCGAGAUUGCACGCGAGGGGGCCGUACAUUGCGCUGCACUUGAGAUAUGAGAAGGACAUGUUGGCGUUCACAGGAUGCGAUCACGGGUUGCAGGCAUCCGAGAGGGAGGAAUUGAAGGCCAUGCGGCUCAACAACUCAAGGUGGAAGGAGAAGGAGAUCGACGGGGAGGCGCGGAGAACGGAGGGGGCGUGCCCGCUCACCCCACGGGAGACGGCGCUUUUCCUGCGCGCCAUGGGGUAUCCGAAUAAAACGCUCAUUUAUGUGGCAGCUGGGGAUAUCUACGGAUCUAACGGGCUGGAGGACCUGACUCGUCUGUAUCCAAACACGUACACGCACAGCACGCUGGCAACAGCAGAGGAGCUGGCGAGCAUAGGCGCGUACCAGAACCGGCUGGCAGCUGUGGACCACACAGUGGCGGUGCAGAGCGAAGCGUUUGACCUGACUCGUCUGUACCCAAACACUUACACACACAGCACGCUGGCAACGGCUGAAGAGCUGGCGAGCAUAGGCGCGUACCAGAACCGGCUGGCAGCUGUGGACUACACUGUGGCGGUGCAGAGCGAUGUGUUUGUGUACACGUACGAGGGGAACAUGGCUCGGGCUGUGCAGGGGCACAGAAGGUUUGAAGGACAUAGGAGGACCAUCAUCCCCAACAGGUGA